AUGGGUGCCAGAUACGAUUUGCGGUCGCAAGACCCUGAGCCCAGCAUCUAUGCCGCAUUGCCAGGGACGCAAUCCGAGUUUGUUCCACACAAUCUCACGCCGAUGAAGUCCGCUCUUGUUGGGCGGGAAGUGCUUGGAUGCCACCCUAGCCGGUGGAUUUACGAGUUAAUCAACAACAACUUCACCGCGUGCGACCUCUUCGAACGAGCUCGACGUACCGACCUGGAUAGUCACUACAACUGGGAACACCCUCACCAGCUCGUCAUUAAUGGCAACCAGUCUUUCUCAACUUCGUCGUCCAAGGUACUGUCCGCUAUUUGCCUAGAGUGCCAUUUCCACUUCUUGUUUCGCGUCGAAUGGGAAGCUGGGCAGUCGGAUUCCUUAUGCCAUCACAGCCAUAGUCAGUGGCCCAUCGGAGACACCCAGUUUCCUUGGCAUCACCUGGCUUGGGUCUGCUCAGAUGAGGAAGCCAGCAUCUCAGAGGAUCGCUCAAAGUACUAUCCACUGUUGGCUCGCGAAUAUUUUGUCUGCUCAGCGCCGCCAUGUACCCUUCAGAUUACACUCGAAGUUUCGGAGCCACGAAUGCCCCCAUGGUGGGUUAAUCUCCUGCUGGACCACCAGACUAUUCUUGAGCAGCUAGAAGCUGCGCGGAAAGAUGAACCUGUGCGAUAUGAAAGCGCAACUGAUGACUGGGCUCAUCAGGCGCCAUCUAAUCUCAACACAUACCUCAAAAAUCUCUUGGAAACGACUUCUGAUGCGGCUAGGAGUAUAUCCAAGAGAAAUAAGCGAUUUUCUGUUCUGUUUGGCCCACGCUGCUUUUCCAUAUUUCGAGACCUCGAAUUCAAAGAGCAGAUUGAUAUUCAGGAUGGCAUCGACGAAGGAUCAUUUACUCCAACAGCUCCCCCAUCUGCAGAAGGUCCCUCUGGGAGUACGGAAAUUAACACCUAUCGUGCAUACCUCGAGGAUGUUCGUUCUGAAGUCCAGAAUCUCAUAUUCAAAUCUGGGAGCACCGCAGAACGCCCGACAUUCUGUGUUACUGCUCUGCAUAAUCAUCUGGGUUGUACUGAAGUCCCUCAUGCUAGUACAGAUGCGCUAGUAAAUAUGGACCGAUAUAAACUGCUGGGAGUUCUGCCGACUCAAUCUAAGGAGAUUAUUGUGAAUGCAUACAAGCGGCAGUGGGAACUCGUCCCUUCUAGGAGAAGAGAUCUGGUCGACAACUUAAUGGCCAUUGCUAAUGACGCCAACGAUGAUUUGCUAUCCGACUAUGCCAUUACGCAAUCGUCUGUCUUCGAGAGCCAGCUUCAAAGGCACGGCGGCAGUGACGAUGACGGGCUUGUCGCUCAAGCACUGCAGUACUUUGGGCUGAGUCCGCCAAAUACUUAUAGUGCAGCGGCCUUGGCCAAUGCAUUCAGAGAAAAAGUAACGCGAGACCCAGCUGAUGCAAGCACUGCUAGAAAUAUGCUUCUAAUCAUUGCUGGCGCUUCCAAUGAUGACUCUUAUCAGACGAACCUUCUAUUAGAGGCCGACCCCAAAAUGUCGCUACAGACAUCCAUGACGAUCAUCGGUUUAAACCUUGGCGAAGAGGCAGACGCCGUUAAUGCGACGAAAGCAAAGCUAGCCCAGGCCACGUCGGACGAAGCCAAAAAUUUAUAUCUGGACGCUUUGGAUUCCAUUGCGGAGCGUACAGCUUCGCCGUCGAUUAAGCAAGCUGUGAUGGAGCUUCGCUUUGAUCAAGGAUUCAGUAACCCUGAUCUCGAUGUUGGUAAUUCCAACGAGCCCAGAGCGACCAAUCUGGACCUUCCCGUGGGACUGCACAACAUUGGCAAUACUUGCUACUUGAACAGUCUACUUCAAUAUUUAUUUACUGUGAAGCCUAUUCGAGACAUUGUAUUCAACUAUGACAGUUUGAGGCUAGAUCUGAAUGACGAGAGCAUUCAGGAACGCCGCCUUGGUGGAAAUAAAAUGCACAUGGAUCGGGGAGAGGCCGUCGUUGCGCAAGCAUUUGCGGAAGAAAUGGCCACUCUGUUUGAAAAUCUUCGAACUUCUGACAGAACUGCCACUCGGCCCUCCCAGAGACUCGCAAACGCCGUUUUAUUGUCAACACAUACGCUACUCUCUGGCCCAAAGCAGCCUUCUGAAACGCCCACGGCCCCGAAUCCCCCACCAUUGCCUGCUCGCCCAUCACCUGCGCCCCCUACGAACAGCCAUGAUGAUGUGAACAUGGUUAGUGUCUCGGUUCAGGCUAUAUCCGAUCCACUUGAAACACAAAGCAGCUCUAGCACCCGAACCCUAGUUGGCCAAGACGAUACGCUGUCCGACCACUCAUAUGAGAAAGUAGAGACGGUAAUAGAGGACGGAGUUGGCCACAUUCAGUCUACCCUGACUGUUGUGGGAGACCCAGGAGACGACACUAUGAUGGCCGAGGCUAUAGUGGACGACAAGAAACCUGCUGUCCUUGGGAAUUCGGACGAAAUUAGAGUGGCUGCUGUUAGCACAGAGCAAGAUAACCAUGAUGUCGAUAUGGUUGAUGUGGAGAAGCCUGAAACAGUCGACCAAAAGGUUUUAAAUGCUCUUGAACACCAAAAGAGGUCUUCAGGAACGGACCAACAAGAUGUUGAGGAGGUUAUGGGCAGCAUUAUCAAUCGCCUGCAGGCGGCGAUUCGCCCAACUUCGAUUGAUGGCACAACUGGCAUUCAGCUGGAAAAGAUUAUGGAGACUUUCUUCGUAACAACGGUCAAUUAUACCAAGAAAUUUGACGAACAGGAGUAUCAGCAUGAAAUUAGCUUUGAUAGAUCUAUUACGGCAUUUCCAGCUGCCGAGGGUCCUUGUUCGUUGUACGACGCCCUUGGAAGAAACUUUGACCAACAAAUCCUAGAAGACAGCAAGCUUUCGCGAUACACGGCUAUCAAGACACUUCCACCUGUCCUACAUGUUUUAAUUCAGCGCUCACAGUCGAUGGGCAGCAAGAAUGGCAACCCAGUCGUCAUUCCUGAAACGCUGUACCUGGACCGAUUCAUGGAUGCCCCUCACGAUUCGCCUAUCUUUAGGCAAAGGGUGAAGGACUGGAUAACGGCAGAACGAAUUCAUGAUUUGAAAUCACAAGUGGCAAAAAUUGAGGCCAACCCUAGUUACAUGACAUUCCUCCAAACAUAUGAGGGCCAAGACAGGGCAACCAAAGAGUCAACCAUCCAGCCCUCGGACGGUCCUGAUGAACCCACGAGACUAGAGGAACCCUCUGAGAAUUGGGAUUUUGACGGACCUGUGGAAGAUGACUUUUGGAUUAUCACGGCAGCAAAUCCUAAAACAGAAGCUAAAUCUGAGAGAUCAAACAAUAAGCUAGAAGAUAUUCAGAAAACACACUCCGCGGUGUUGGAAAUGAUGGAAAAAGAAUUGAAGCAGCGGCAAGAGACACUGGAGGAAAGCUUGAGCAGCCAGAAGCAAAUCUCGUACCGGCUCCAUGCUGUUAUCUGCCAUCGCGGCCACCUGACGUCUGGUCACUAUUGGGUUUGGAUUCACGAUUUUGAGGCCAAUGUUUGGAGGUGGUAUAAUGACGCAGACGUGAGGGAGAAUAAAGACACGGCGGAGGUGCUACGGACUCUGAGCACCAGUGGGGAGCCGUACUUCCUCUGCUAUGUCCGCGAUGAAGACAAGGACCAAUACGUCAGCGUUCCCAAGAGAGAACCUCCCGCUCAGGAAGAUGAAGACAAAAAGCAAGAAGAACAAGAAAACCAGGAUGGGGAGGAAAACAAAGAAAUGGAGGAGAAAGAGCCAGCUAAUGAGACUGUCGUGGUGCCUUCAGUGGCCGCGGACAAGGAUGGAGACGUUGAAAUCAAUGACGCAAGGCCAGAGAGCGACCCAGAAGUCACUCCAACGGUGGAUGCAGUACCCCAAGAGCCAGAAGGAAAAUCUUAG